AUGGAGGUUAUUGAUGAUUUUCUCUGUACUUCGUUAUGGGGACCUUCGAAUCAUGAUUUUUCUUAUAGUUCGUCUGUGGGGGCGUCUGGAGGUCUGGUUACGAUUUGGGAUAGAUUGGAGGUGGAGGUUUGGUUAACUAUUCGUGGUGCGCACUUUUUGAUGAUUCAUGGCAGGUUUAUUAAAUUUAAUGAGGACUUUUAUAUUUUUAAUGUGUAUGCACCUUGUAAUCGGAGUGCUAAACAAAAGUUGUGGAAUUUACUUUCGUCGAGGUUGCUUUCUUUAUGUAAUAAUAAGGUUUGUGUUUGUGGAGAUUUUAACACUGUGCGGUCAGUUGAAGAAAGGCGUUCGGUUAGGGGUUCCCAGGUGGUAGAUGAUUGCACACCUUUUAAUGAUUUUAUUGAAGAUCGAGUUUUGAUUGAUUUACUGUUAAGUGGGAGGAAGUUUACUUGGUUUAAGGGGGAUGGUCGCUCGAUGAGGAGGUUGGAUAGGUUCUUGCUUUCUGUAGAAUGGUGUAUGGUGUGGCCUAAUUGCAUUCAGGUAGCUCAGUUAAGAGGAUUAUCUGAUCAUUGUCCCAUUUUGUUGUCUGUGGAUGAAGAGAAUUGGGGGCCGAGACCGGUGUCUGGGUGGGGUGGUCAUGUUCUUAAAGAAAAAUUGAAACUUAUGAAGCAAUCAAGAUUAAAUUGGCUCCGGGAUGGUGACGCUAAUUCCAAAUUUUUUCACUCUGUCUUGGCCGCUAGGAGAAGACUAAAUUCGUUGUCUUCGAUUUUGGUGGAUGGGGUUGUGGUGGAGGGUGUUCAACCUUUUCGUCAAGCUGUAUUUACACAUUUUAAAAAUCAUUUUCUUGAUCCAAGAUUGGAGCGGCCGGGUGUGGGACACCUUCAGUUUCGGAAACUCUCUUAUCUAGAAAGGGGCGGAUUGACUAAACCCUUUUCUGAGGAUGAAAUUAAGGCAGCGGUGUGGGAUUGUGAUAGUUUUAAGAGUCCGGGCCCUGAUGGGAUCAACUUGGGUUUUUUUAAGUCUUUUUGGCCUGAGAUAAAAACAGAUUUAGUGCGAUUUGUAACCGAAUUUCAUAGGAAUGGAAAAUUAGCGAAAGGCAUAAAUUCUACGUUCAUAGCCCUAAUUCCUAAAGUUGCGAGUCCACAAUCUUUGAAUGAGUUUCGGCCUAUUUCUUUAGUGGGGAGCAUGUAUAAAAUUCUAGCGAAAAUUCUAGCAAACAGGUUGAGGCAGGUGGUCGAUGAGGCAAGGAAACUUAAGAAAUAUCUUUUGUUGUUCAAAGUGGAUUUUGCAAAGGCGUAUGAUUCUGUUGAUUGGGGGUACCUUGAUGAGGUUAUGGGGAGUAUGUCAUUUCCGGUGGUGUGGCGAAAGUGGAUAAAAGAAUGUGUUGGUACCGCUACUGCCUCAGUCCUUGUGAAUGGGAGUCCUACUGAUGAGUUUCAUCUUGAACGGGGAUUACGUCAGGCGUUAGUAGACGCAGGUAUGUUUACGGGGUAUAGAGUGGGGCGCGCGGAUUCGGUGGUUGUGUCUCAUUUACAGUUCGCUGACGAUACGCUUCUUAUUGGGAAUAAAAGUUGGGCUAAUGUGCGGGCGCUGAGGGCUGGUCUUGUUAUGUUUGAAGCUAUGUCGGGAUUGAAAGUUAACUUUCAUAAGAGUUCUCUGGAAUAUGUUCUUGUUAGGGUGGAUUUGGGUGGGGAGGCGUUGCGGUGGCGUAGGAGGUUGUGGGCCAGGGAGGAGGAGUUGGUAGAGGAGUGUAGGGCUUUAUUGCUAACAGUUUCUUUGCAGGAAUCAGUGACAGACAGAUGGCUUUGGGUACCUAAUCAUGAUGAUGGGUACUCUGUUCCUCUCAAAGUUUCUAUCCUUGCUUGGAGACUUUUGAGAGAUCGGUUACCUACGAAAAGUAAUUUGGCAAACCGUGGCAUUUUAGCUUUGGAGGCGCGGUUGUGUGUUUCUGGAUGUGGGAACGUUGAAGAUGUUAAUCAUUUGUUUUUGUCUUGUGUAACUUUUAGUGCAUUAUGGCCAAUGGUGCGAGCAUGGCUAGGAGUGGUGGGGAGUCGAUUCUCAUUCAACGUCUGA